UAUUAAGUGUCAAAAUAAUGCUAACGCAUAUCAAUUGUUGAAUAUUAGAACAAUAAUAUAUUUUGGAACUAAGGAUUGUCUUGGAUUUAAAUAUUAUAGCAAUAUUUAAUAUAUAUUACUAUAUAUGUGUUGAAUUUUAAUUAAAAUGGGAGUGCCUAAAUUCUUUCGGUAUAUAAGUGAAAGAUAUCCAUGCUUAAGUGAGCUGGCUCGUGAACAGUCUAUACCAGAUUUUGACAACUUCUAUCUGGACAUGAAUGGAAUUAUACAUAACUGUUCUCAUCCGGAUGAUAGUGACAUUCACUUUAGUAUCAGUGAAGAACAAAUAUUUAAAGAUAUAUUUAAUUAUAUUGACAAAUUAUUUUUUCUUAUUAAACCAAAGAAACUAUUUUUUAUGGCUGUUGAUGGAGUGGCACCAAGAGCUAAAAUGAACCAACAAAGAGGUCGCAGAUUUCGUGCAGCAAAGGAGGCUGAAAUUUUAGAAGAAAAAGCUUUGCGGUCUGGAGAAAUACGUCAAAACGAACGUUUUGAUAGUAAUUGCAUUACUCCAGGGACUGAAUUUAUGACUCGACUUCACGAAGCACUAAGAUAUUUUGUAAAGAGCAAAAUAAGUACAGAUUCUAUAUGGCAAACAACAAGAGUAAUAUUAAGUGGUCAUAAUUGCCCAGGAGAAGGCGAGCACAAAAUUAUGGACUAUAUAAGAUAUAUGAAGUCAGAAAAAGAAUAUGAUUUAAACACUCGUCAUUGCAUAUAUGGUCUGGAUGCAGAUUUAAUAAUACUUGGUUUAUGUACCCAUGAAUUACAUUUCAUUGUUCUACGCGAAGAGGUGAAAUUUGGACGAAACACUAAGCGGGCUUCAGUAGAAGAAACUCGUUUCUUCCUUUUGCAUUUAAGUUUAUUGCGUGAAUAUUUGGAACUUGAAUUUAAUGAAUUACGAAAAAGUUGUGCAAAAUUUGAUAUUGUAAACAUGAUUGAUGAUUGGAUACUGAUGGGGUUUUUAGUUGGUAACGAUUUUAUUCCCCAUUUACCAUACUUCCACAUAAGCUCAAAUGCCUUACCCCUUUUAUAUAAAUCUUAUAUUGAAGUUUUUCCAACAUUGGGAGGACACAUUAAUGAAGGUGGAAAAUUAAAUUUGGAGCGAUUGGAAAAGUAUUUUGCUGCUUUAGCCAUUGUUGAAUUUAAAUUAUUUCAAGAUAAUAUUUGUGAUUUAAAAUAUCUGACUUCGAAAAUAUCAAAGAAUGCUACCGAUGAAACAUUUGAUUUUAAUACUAUACAUGUAUCUAAAUCAAAGACUGAAAGCGAUUUAACUCUAUUGAUGGAAAAUACUAAAAUGAGUGCCAUGAAAGUUGGAAUUCUUGAAACAUUUCGCUUUUACCAAGAUAACGACUAA